GCGGCGGUGCAGGCUGCCAGAGAGAGCGCUGGACCACGGUGGCAGCGACCGAGGGUCUCUUGGCUACCUGUGCAGGGUUCUGGGGUACUCAAAGCCGCUGGAUCCCUUCGUGUUAGCCUGUUUAUCCCAGGGGAUCCCAGGGAGUUGGGUCUCUCCCAAGCCAAGCUUCUACUCCAGAGAAGCUGCCUCAGAGCCUGGUCAUGGCUAUGCUCCUGACCCCACAGGAACCAGUCAGUCUUCUGAGAGUGAAGGUGGAAGAAGGUAUUCCUGGGCAUCCAGAAUUCUUCCUGGGAGGAAACAGAUCUGACCCUGGGCCCUCUGGGCAGUGUUUCAGAGCAGGACUCCGAGAUGCAUGUGAAAGAGCAGAGGCACCUAUAUCUGCAGUACCUGUGAGGAUGGGCAUCUGGGCGAAGGCCGCACAGCGUCCAGACCACAAUUUUCCUUUCCAGGGCUCUGCUCUUCAUUGGGAGGGAAUCCCAGAAGAAGAAGAAGAAAGGCCUCUGACAGCUGGAUCCCAGGAAUCAAUGGCAUUCCAGGAUGUGGCUGUGGACUUCACCCAGGAGGAGUGGGGGUACCUAGACCCUGCUCAGAGGGACCUUUACAGGGAGGUGAUGCUGGAGAAUUACAGGAACCUGGUCUUCUUGGGACUUGUAGUUUCCAAACCAGAUGUCAUCUGCCAUUUGGAACAGAGGAAAGAACUGUGGAACCUAGAGGGUGUUGACAAGAGAAGAGUCCCAAGAGAUCCCUGUCCAGGCUCAGAGACCAGGCCUGAGGCCAAGGCAUCAACUCCAAAGCAGAGAGUUUCUCAAGAAAGCUCUUUCCAGGGGCUGGUAAUGGAAAGACUCUCAAGGAAUAGUCCCUUGUACUCAAAGUUUAGGGGACAAAAAGCCAGAGAAAGUGAGGGCAGUUUAAACAUAAGGCAGGGAAGUCAAGGAAAACCCUAUGAAUGCAGUGAAUGUGGGAAAGGAUUUAUUUACUGCUCUGAGCUCAUUCGACACUGGAGAAUUCAUACAGGAGAGAAACCUUAUAAAUGCAACGAAUGUGAGAAAACCUUCAGAUACUGCUCGUCCCUCACUCAGCACCAGAAAAUUCAUAUUUUAGAGAAACCCUUUGAAUGUAGUAAAUGUGGGAAAGCCUUUAGUGAUAACUCAACCCUCCUUCGACAUCAGAAAAUUCAUAAUGUGGAGAAGACGUACAAAUGUAAUGAAUGCGGGAAGUCCUUCAGCUACUGCUCAGCCUUGAUCCGACAUCAAAGAAUUCAUACUGGAGAGAAGCCCUAUGAAUGCAGCGAAUGUGGGAAGACCUUUGGGUACUGCUCAUCCCUAAUUCAGCAUCACAGAAUCCAUACUAUUGAAAAACCCUAUAAAUGUGAUGAUUGUGGAAAAGCCUUUACCGAUAGCUCAAACCUUCUCCGACAUCAGAGAGUUCAUAAUGUGGAGAAACCUUACAAAUGCAAUGAGUGUGGGAAGUCCUUCAGUUACUGUUCAGUCUUUAUUCGACAUCAAAGGAUUCACACCGGAGAGAAGCCUUAUGAAUGUAAUGAAUGUGGGAAAUCCUUUAGCCACAGCACGUGCCUUACCCAACAUCAGAGAACUCACACAGGAGAGAAACCUUACGAAUGCAGUGAAUGUGGGAAAGCCUUCAGCCAGAACUCAUCCCUUUAUUAUCACCAAAGAGCUCAUACUGGAGAGAAACCAUACAAAUGUAAUGUAUGUGGGAAAGCUUUCAGUUACAAUGCCUCCCUCACCCAACAUAAGCAAACGCAUACUGGGGAGAAGCCCUAUGAAUGUAGCGAAUGUGGAAAAACCUUUAGUCGAAGGACAUACCUUACUGAGCAUCAGAGGAUUCAUACUACAGAGAAACUCUUUGAAUGCAGUGAAUGUGGGAAGUCCUUCAGCCAGAACUCAUCUCUUGCUGAACAUCAAAGAUUUCAUACAGGAGAGAAACCCUAUGAAUGCAAUGAAUGCGGGAAAGCCUUCAGCCGGAGCACAUUCCUUACUCGUCAUCAGCAAACUCAUAGUGGAGAGAAACCCUAUGAGUGUAGUGAAUGUGGGAAAGCCUUCAGCCAGAGACAGUCCCUUUAUUACCAUCAGAGAACUCACACUGGAGAGAAACCGUAUGAAUGCAAUGAAUGUGGGAAAUCCUUCAGCCGGAGCACAUUUCUUACUCAGCAUCAGAGAAUUCAUACUGGCGAGAGACCAUAUGGUUGUGAUGAAUGUGGGAGUGCAUUCAGUAGGCGGCAGGGGACAGUCACCCACAAGAAAACACACAGUCGGGAGAAAAUUUAUAAGUGUGAAGAGUGUGGGAAGGCCUUCAGCUGGAGCACAUGCCUUACCAAACAUCAGAGAAUUCAUACUGGGGAGAAACCUUUUGAGUGCAAUGAAUGUGGGAAAGCCUUUAGCCAGAAAUCAUCCCUGUGUUACCAUCAGAAGACUCAUACUGGAGAGAAGCCCUAUUUGUGCAGUGAAUGUGGGAAAGCCUUCAGGUACUAUUCGGUCCUUACUCAGCAUCAGCAAAUUCACACUGGAGAGAAGCCUUAUGAGUGUGGUGUCUGUGGGAAAGCCUUCAGCCAGAAUUCCUUCCUCACUCAGCAUCACAGGAUUCACACUGGAGAGAAACCCUAUAAAUGCAGUAGCUGUGGGAAAGCCUUCAGCCAAAGGGCCUCCCUGUAUUACCAUCAGAGAAUUCACACUGGGGAGAGACCUUACGUGUGUGGUGAGUGUGGAAAGUCCUUCAGCUACUGCUCAGUCCUUAAUCAACAUCAGCAAAUUCACACUGGAGAGAAGCCUUACGAGUGUGGUGUCUGUGGGAAAACCUUCAGCCAGAAUUCCUUCCUCACUCAGCACCGGAGGAUUCAUACAGGAGAGAAGCCCUAUGAAUGUACCAAAUGUGGGAAAACCUUCAGGUACUGCUCAGCCUUUAUUCAACAUCAGAAAACUCAUACAGGAGAGAAACCUUACAAAUGUAAGAUAUGUGGGAAAGCCUUCAGUUACUGUACCUCCCUUUCUCAACAUCAUCAAACUCAUACUGGUAAGAAACCUUAUGAGUGCAGUGAAUGUGGGAAAGCCUUCAGCUACAGCUCAUCCCUUACCCACCAUCUAAGAACUCACACUGGAGAGAAGCCCUAUCAGUGCAGUGAAUGUGGGAAAGCCUUCAGCUACAGCUCAUCCCUUACCCACCAUCUAAGAACUCACACCGGAGAGAAGCCCUAUCAGUGCAGUGAAUGUGGGAAAUCCUUCAGUCAACGUUGUUACCAAACUAAGCACCAGAAAAUCCAUACUGGAGAGAAGUCCUAUGAAUGUGAUCAGUGUGGGAAGGCCUUCAGCCAGAGCAUGUGCCUUACCCAACAUCAAAGAAUUCAUACUGGUGAGAAACCCUAUGAAUGUAAUGAAUGUGGAAAGGCCUUUAGCCAGAUCUCAUCCCUUUAUUCCCAUAAUAGAACUCAUACUGGAGAGAAGCCUUAUGCAUGCAGUGAAUGUGAGAAGGCCUUUAGUUACCAUGCAUCUCUCACUCAACAUAUGCAAACUCAUACUGGAGAGAAACCCUAUGAAUGCAAUGAAUGUGGGAAGGCUUUUAGUCGGAGCACUUAUAUUAUUGAACAUCAGAGAAUUCAUACUGGAGAGAAACCCUACGAAUGUACUGACUGUGGGAAAACCUUCAGGUACUGCUCAUCUCUUACUCAACAUCAGAGAAUUCACACUGGAGCAAAACCGUAUAAAUGCGGCGAAUGUGGAAAAGCCUUCAGAUACUACUCAGUCCUUACACAGCAUCGGAAAACUCAUACUGGAGAGAAACCCUAUGAGUGUAGCGAAUGUGGAAAAACUUUCAGACAGAGCUCAGCCCUUUAUUCCCAUCAGAGAAUUCAUACUAGAGAAAAACCCUAUUUAUGUAGUGAAUGUGGAAAAGUCUUUAGCCAGAAUUCAACUCUUACUCGCCAUCAGCAAACACACACUGGAGAAAAACCGUAUGAAUGCAGCGAAUGUGGGAAAGCCUUCCGACUGAACUCAGCUCUCUUUUCACAUCAGAAAACACAUCCUGGAGGGAAACCCUACAAAUGUAAUCAGUGUGGGAAAGGCUUCAGCCAGAGCUCAUCACUUUCUUACCAUCAGAGAACUCAUACUGGAGAGAAACCAUAUGAAUGUAGUGAAUGUGGGAAAUCCUUCAGCCGGAAGACGUUCCUCACUCAGCAUCAGAGAAUUCAUACUGGAGAGAAACCUUAUGCGUGUAAUGAGUGUGGGAGUGCCUUCAGUAGGCGUGCAGCCCUCACCAAACAUCAAAAACUGCACGCUGCAGAAUUAACCCCAGGAGCACAAUGAAAGGGAGGGAAGUUUAACUUGGAAUUGUUCACUCUGUUAAAUGCCCAGAUAACAUUAUUGUCAGCAAUUAUGACGUUGGGAUGUGAGUGGGAAAAAAGGCUGGGGGGAGCCUUUUACUUUAGCGGUCUUCAAGGGUCGUAGACUCAUACAGGUUCAAGUAGGCUGUACCCUAGUCUGAGCAUAGAACUAAUACCCCCUAACUUAUGAAUCUGCUUUAUAAGAUAGAAACCUUUUUUGAUCAAAAUAAUUUUUUAAAUUUAAUUUUUCCCAGUAAUAAAAACCUACCUUUUCUCUUUCCUACC